AUGGGAUACACGCCGUCGAUGCGGGAUCGAUGCCUCGGAGGACGGAUGCACGUUCGAACAGCGAUGCGCCUGUUCGUCAUCGUCGGUAUCUGCGCCAUCCUCGCCCUGGCCGCCGUGCUGUACGUCAAGUUCAGAAAGGCCUCGUUCGUGCUGCUCAUCCCGAGCUCGGUGGUCGGGCUGACGAUCGCGGCGCUGCUCACCGAACGUCACCGAUUUGUCUGGCCGAUCAUCGUCCAAUCGUGUUUCCACGUUGGGCUGUCGGUGUACGCGCUGCUCAUCUUCUCCUUCUACUUCUUCAUCAAGCCCCUCUACAUCCUGAUGAUCACCAACUGGAUGUUUAAAACAAUGUACUCGGAGAAGAACGCGGUGUUCUACGGUGAGAGCACCGCCAUCUACGCCGCCCUGUUCACCUUCCUCGGCUACAACUUGUGGCAGGCCCGCGUCUCGUUCGCCUACCGCAACCACCUCCUCCGCAACGCCAACUUCGCCACGCCCAGCCAGAAGCCGACGGUGGUCGUCGUCAACAAGCCGGUAGAGUACGUUUCUACGCAUUAU